AUGUUCCGCCUCUUCCGUCAGUCGCCGGCUCCGGACAAGGUCUAUUCGUCCAGCCUCCAAACUCUCCAUCUCGGGUACGCCCUCUGGUACCCAGAGCCACACAAGUCAGGCGAGCCCCAGAUCGGCGAUGUGGGGUUUAUCCGCGAGGGCGCAUUCAUCAGAUUGUUCAACCUCGACACGUCUGCUCCCGAGAAGAAGGUUACGUUCUGGCCGACGCCAUUCGAGGACAUAGAGCCCCUUCCCCCGAACGUACUGCAAGUCGAUCCCAGAUCACGGCCACUUGCACCCGACCAUUACAGCAGUCACGGAGUCGAGAGUAAGGGUGUGCAUGCGUCGGCAAACGUAACAACUAGUGUAGACAUAUCCGCAGCUCUCAGUGCUGAGUAUACAUGCAAGGCAGCACAGGGUGCGGUCCUCGCGCUCAAGAGCGAGGCGCACGCGGAAACUAUAUUCGAGAACCAUGCACUCAAGACUAGCCCGGCCCGCACAUCACUACUCAAGACCUACAUCGUUCGAAACUACGACAAGUGGUACGAAUAUGUCAAGCGCGUUCUGAACCAGGACAUCAAGCAAGAGAAUAUCGUCGUGAUCAGCGGAUGGGUGAAGACGGAGGCGGAUUGGGCGGCGGCGGCGUUCAGCAACUCGAGCUCGAGCUUCAGUGGCUCGCUCAAAGGUCGUGCUGGCGGCGGCGCACUGGGGGCCGAGGUGGGCGGAACAUACGCCAGCUCUGUGAGCGGGCCGAAGAUGCACCGGCACGGCAAACGCGACAUGCGCCAGCACGGUAAACGCAAGUCGAAGAACACAAAACCAGAUCAGUCCGUGUUCGUGAAGCAACUCAAAGUGCUGAAGCGACUGAUACUGCCGUGGAAGGUCGUCGCCGGCGCAGGCUACGACCGACUUCCGGAUCGAAGAGAAGAGAGAGACGACUUGGGAGGAGUGCCGGUGGAGGAUAUAGACGGCACAAAUGCGCCAGGGUUUGAGGGCGAGCAGGGCGAGAUUUCCGAUCCGCUAGAUGUCCUUCUUGAGUACAUCCUUGAGGGCGGCAAGCAGGUAGUGGAUUUUGGAAUCUACCUUCGCCAAAUACAACCCCCAGUGAACAUCGAUGGCACGAGUGAGUCCCUCUCAUCUUCUCUCAAUGGCUGUAUCUGA